AUAUUUAUCUAUUGAUUACGAUUCUCUUAUCGCGGAUAAUUGUCGAAUUUUUAUCAUUAGUGGUUUGUGCAGCCAACAUGGCGGUUACGAGACGUGUAUACAUUUUUGGGGCAUUCCUACUCAGUGUACUGUCAGUGUUAUUAACAGUCGUAGCUAUUUCCAGUGAUAGUUGGGUUGUGUCAACAGCAACGGCAGAAAUACAAUCAAGGGACAGUAUGAUUCGCUAUGGACUGUUCACGGGAGAGCUCACUCUAAACACACUUGUCACGCCAAUGUCGAACGCUUUGUUCAUGACCUGCCUAUCCGACUUCAACGCUUGUGCGUUAAGCUGUAAAACAGAGGAGAACGCGAGGAUUAUAGAAGUGGAAGCAUUGGCUCAAGGAUUUAGACCCACACCGGCCUGCACAGCUGUUACGGAAGUGGACCAAAACGAUCCUUUGUAUCCGCCGCCAGUUUUGUCCUAUGCUGUCUACAUUGCGGUCAUUGUGGUAUUGUUCGUUCAGCUCGCUUUCGGCUUAGUGGCUGCCUCUCUGGCCAUUUUGAACGCAACGAAGAACCCCACCGAACCGAUCUUCGGGUUACCAGGGUGUCUUUGGGCAAAUGUCUUAACUGCACUACUUGGCUCGAUUGUUUUGCUGAUCUUCGGCAUAUACUGGCUGGUGUCAGGCUUGAAGGACCAUCUGGCCAUAUCGUAUAUAGCGCUGGGUCUUUUCGUCCCAGGUCCAAGCUUAGGAUACUCUUAUUGGAUCCUGAUAACUUCAGUAUUGUGCAAUCUGAUAAACGUUUGUCUGAUACGUCUAAGAUCGUACCUGUUAGAAAGAGAUCCGCCACCGCCAACCAUUAAAGUCGACAAUCAUUCCGACGGCACUAUAUUUCUAUAUUAAUAUUAUCUACCUUACUCAUAAAUUUAUCAUUAAGAACUCUCCAAUAAAGAAAUUUAGGAGAUGGGUGGACGAUAUUAAGACAGUUGCGGGAAGCACAUGGACCAGAACAGCUGAAAAUAGAAGCUCAUGGAGGCAGUUGGAGGAGGCCUAUGUCUAUAAUAGACAAACAGACAGAAACUAAUAAUAAUUUAGGUACAAAAAAAUCUUCCAUAAAAAUUAAAGUAAUAUUAAUACCACUACUUAAAGCAAUUAUAAAAAAAAAAAAUAAUAAAAUGAAAUAAUAAUUGUAUAUGUAAAAAAAAUAUGUAUUUGUCUGAAUAAAGGCUUUAUUAUUAUUAUUAUUAAUUAAGAAAAAAGUUAUGACCAAGCUAAAUUUUGUUUUGUCUGCCAUUAUAAUAAACUAAUUCCGAUGUGGUUGUUUCCCUAAAGACGUUUUAACUGUGUAAGCAAUUAAUGUGAACAAGUAAGUAAGCUGAUCACGUUCCAUUGUGACUAUCACUAAUUGUAUGAAGAAUUGCUAGUGGGUUUGCCAAGAAUUUUCUUUCAGACGACGAAAAAGAAUUGUGUCGAAAUCGAUCGAGCCGUCCUCAAAAGAUACUACGCUAUACAUGUGGCGAUUGAUUUUUUUAUAUGGAUUUUUGAAAUGACACAUUUUUUGAAAUAAUUAUGUGCAAUUUGUAAAGAAGGUUACAGUACUCGGCAAUAAAUAUUGCAAAUCGAUCUACAGAAAGAGAGAACCGGCUAAUUUCAGCUUCAUACUGUUAUCUCUAUCGCACAUUAGCUGUGUGACGUUUAUUAUUAUUAUUUUUUAUUUUUAUUGCCCUUGUAUACAGACGAGCAUACGGCCCACCUGAUGGUGAGUGGCUACCGUCGCCCAUGGACUACAGCAAUGCCAGGGGCAGAGCCAAGCCGCUGCCUACCGCUAAAACAUUACCGCUACGCUUUUUAAUACACUGAGAUAGUGCUUCUUAUUUCUAGCCUCCAUAAUUGUAUGAUAGGUACCGCCACAAGGUUAAUAUAGAACUUCAAGCUUCAAGAAAAAUACUUUAAAGAUUACAACAUAUUAUUAUCAUCAUUAUCUUGCUUUUCUCCCAGUUACUUGGGGUCGACGCAACAUGUUUUCUCCUUUCAUAUUCUUCUAUCAUAUACCAUUUCUUCGCUCACUCCCCUCUUACCCAUAUCGUCUUUUACGCAAUCCAUCCAUUUCUUCUUAGGUCUACCUCUUCCUCUAUAUCAUUCCACAUUCAUGGUUAACAUUUUCUUACCAACCUCAUUUUCAUUUCGUCUCAUGACAUGUUCAUACCAUCCCAAACGCACACUUCUCAGCUUCACUGUCACAGGUGCCACUUUCAGACUUCCUCUAACAUAUUCGUUCCGUAUUCUAUCCAUUCUCGUUACUCCAUACAUCCAUCGCAACAUUCGCAUCUCUGCUGCAUGCAAUCGCCUUUCAUCAGCCACUUUAGCGGUCCAACAAGCCGAUCCAUACAAAGAUUUUUUAAGAUAACUUAAAGAUUACAUAUGUAUAAAAUAAUCCGUGUACAAGCGAGUUUAGUUAAGAAUAGAUGCGUGCUUAUUAUUAAGAUGUCGAGAUUUAUCCCCGUCAUUUUAUAUGUUGUUACACUCGCGAAAUAAGUAAAAGUAUAAGCUCUUUUUUUUUGUUUACGCAUAAGUAUACUUAUUUAAGUAAUUUUGUUGAAUUUAAUACUUGAAUUAGUUUUAAGAUAAUAUAUUAAUAAUAUCGAUACUUCUGUUAGUUUUAUAUAUGUAAAUUAGUGUUAUAGGUUUUUAAAGAAAUAUACGAGAUUUUUAUUA